AUGAUGAACCGCUUUCGCAAGAAUAAAAAGGCGAAGGAGGUCAAGGACACACUGAACGAGCUAGAGAAUGGUCCAUCCACAUCUCCAUUCAGCUUGAAGCUGUCGAAAAAGAAGGAUUCAGCGGAGGAGCUACCAAAUUUGGACCUCUUAGCGGACGCUCUUCCACCAUCAGACGACUUCCGGACCAGUCUGCUCAUGCCAAAGCUUUCUGCUCGGUUCAGUAUGUUGAGAGAACAGGACGACCCGGCCUCCAAGAUCGGCAAAGCUAGUGACGACAGCGUCCUGUUCCCCAAGCGAGCUUCGCGAUUGAACCUCUUUGGACACAGCCCAGCAAUGCUUACAGAUAUUGACGAAGUUUCCUCAACUGACGGCAGCCGACCUUCUAUGGUCUUGGGCCGUACCGACUCUUAUGCAUCUGGUGGUGAUGGAGGUUACGGAACCGACGAUGACCGAUCACAUAAUGGGAGCAUCAUGAGCCGAGCUCGUCGAGCCGAAGGAAACAAUUUGUUUGGUGGUCGUCAGAAAGUAUUCCGCAUUCCAGUGCGGUCUCCCGGGGGGUCUUCACCCGCCACUGAGAGCCCGCUAGGAAUGGGCAAAGCAGUAUAUGAUCAUGACUUGAACAUGUCUGCUUUCCAGCGGAUGAGACUGCAAGAAAAGCAAGAUAGAGAGGCAGCGGCAGCAGCAGAAGCAGCGGCUCUCGACAUCGCUACACCGGACUCCGAAGACACUCCUUCUAUUUCAUCUGCAAAUCGGACCACCUUAUCAUCAACUGCAUCUGGCCCCACAGCAAAUGCACGCUUCUCAACCGCAGCGACUUCGAUUGAUGAGUCUCAAUCCAUUGCAUCUCACCUGCAGCCAACAGGCCCACCGCACACCGCUCCAACUCCAGAAUUCCAAAUGGAUGCCCGCCCACAUUCUGGCAUGUCGAACCCAAGAACUGGCUCGGUUCGAUCUCGUCGUUUGUAUGGCCAGGGUCUGACACAGAACGUGCAAAAUCAACAAAACUCGACCUUGCAUCGCCUUGAAAGCCUCAGUCGUCAGCGAUCUGGUACUCCGGAUCUUCUGCCUUUGAACCGCAAUUACUCCAGGAGCGCCUCCAACCUUCGUGACCGACUGCAAAAACUUGCUAUUGCUGAGCCAUCUGGCCCUGGGCCCAACAGUCCUCCUUCAUCGGCAACUUCGCCAAAGCAACAGCCUUACAUUGAACUGCCUCCUAAGGAGCGCAUUUCCCCAACAGGAUCCUCUUUCGGUGCCCCUCCACUGAGCCCCCCUUCUAGCGAGACCGACGAUAGUCACUCCUUGCUGGCUGCAGCACUGAACCCAGAAGACCACGGAAAAGCAACAGCAAUGGGUCUGUUCAACAGACCAGCUACCGGUUUUGAUGAGCAGCAGUUCGUUCGCCGCCAGCUCCAGUUGCACCAAGGCCGAGACACCCCUCCUCCCCGACGACCUGCUUCGCCCCCUCGUGCCAUGCCAACCGACCAGCCAGGCCGUCUCCGCGGACUUUCCAAGUCCAGCUACCGCUCCAGAGCCGAGUCAGCCUCCUCGCACUACAGCAGUGAUGCGCACCAUGGCAUGGAGAGCGUGGAAGCGUCUCCCCGUGUACCUGGUAGCAGAACUUUCUAUGCUGCCUCGACCACGAGCGAUUCGGGAGAUGAAGGAGAUGAUCGCCGCUCGUAUGAAAUGUCUUCAGUGACAUCUGCAGCCACGGAUUACGGUAACGCCCUCUACCACCCCAGCGUUACACCUAAGCCGCCUACCCCCACAGGGGACCUUCUUGAAACUCUGCCAGAAGUGCGGUACUCCGAUCUUGGUGACCUGAAACCAAUCGACGAGAACGAAAUUCCGGAAGAGACACAGCCCUCUGACAUCGCUGGCUCUGUGACUCCCGAACGUCCAGACUCUCCGACCAUCCAACCAUCUGGAUUCGGCAUGGAUGGUAUUCGGUCGCACUUGCGGUCUGCCAGUGACAAAUCUUCAAUCUUCCGUUCCCAGUCCCCAACAUUGCCCGUGGGUGAGUCAGACUUGAAGAAGCUUGAGCCUCAAGUGUCUGUUGUUGAGGUCCAGCCCAGCCCCACGGCAGAGAAUGAGGCUCACGUCGAUACUGUUGCCGAGCUGACCGAGCCAGAAACCUCGAGCACCCGGGAUUCAUCUAGACAGUCCGCCGAGGUCACAGCUAGCCGUGGCAGUGAAGACUCCUCCGAUGGCGCUAUUUCAGAGAAUGUUCCGUCUUGGAAGGACGAGCUUGCAAACCACCACCGUCGAGAUGGAAGCACCGAGACUCAAAGAGAGCGUGAAGAGUUCGCUAUGGAGAUUGCUGAGCGACGCCGGAAGAUCCAAGAGAAGCUCAGAAGUGUCGCAGAAAGCGAAAGUCGCUCUAGUAGCCCCACUCCAGGUCGACAAACCCCCGACUCCCAGAUCAAGGCUGGCAACGCUUUCUCCCUAUUGAAGCACAAAUCAAGCAAGCAAGGCGUCUCUAAGCAUGAUCUAUAUGGUUACAGCUCUUCUACUCCUUCUCUUGGUACAGAAGAUUCGCCGCGCGAGGAACGGCCAUCUCUUUUCAGCCGCCAUUCCAAUGCUAGCGCUCCCCAAGUCUCAGAACGUUCCCUCCGGUCUCGCAUGCCUACUCUCAGUCGUAGCGCAUCUCGAGAGUCAAGCCGCAGUCGUGGCACGUCCCCGCAGCCUGGGUUCCGGGCCCCAAGAGAUCGCUCGAGCUCUGAUGCUUCCGGAAGAUCCAAAAGUCGCACCAGAUACCGCGACCGAGAUGAUCUCGAAACUGUGGAGGAGGGUGCGGUCAUCGCCCAUGAGAACUUUGUUGUCCCUGAAAACUUCGAGCCACCAACACCUGCUUCAGUUGCUGGCUCGACCCGUCCAUCCAUGGAGACCUCAGAGCAUGCUCCUUUCGACCGAUCUGCUUCGGCCGCAUCGGGCAGAUAUCGCAGUGCUAGCCGAUCCGGAACUCCUAGUUUCCAGUACGAACGACCAUUCCAAUUCAACCAGGCAUCUCAUCCACCUUCUAUGAUUGGUGCUCCGCCCCGUCCCUGCCCUGCUACCCCUGCUUACUCGGCCAACGCCACUCCUCCGCUGAAUGAGAUUCCCUCGGAUCAAUCAACAGCCAGUCUCGCUGCGGCCAGCUCACAAAGCCUGCCCCAACGUGGCCCGGGCAGUAAUAUGCUUCAGAAGCGACCAGUGAACAAGAAGACCAUUUCCGAGCCGACGUUCGUCUCAUGUACUUCCAAUGUCCCCACAGUUGGUCUUCCAGGAGGUCCAGCCCCGACUGCGACUCCCCCAGUGCCCCCGAUGAACCCCCGCCGUCGCCGGGGCACCCAGACCAUUCUUUCCGCAUUCAAGGCCGAUUCGCGUGUCUCAUCCCCUGCUCCUAGCAUUAAUGAUGAGCAAAGCGUCUUCCCAGAUGAUGAGAAGCGCCCUCGAUCGCGCAGCCGUCUUCGCAAGAAGUCGAUUGAGGGUGGUGAGCGGGCCCGUCAAGAGGCAAUGAGUCCUGUCCCCGAUAUCCCACACUACCCACCUCCUGCUGUUCCUGUUGAUGGUGGCAUGUUCUAA